UUGAGUUUCUGAAUCUGUUAUGCAGCGCGAUGCCGGUCGAUAACAGGAGAAUCGCAGGGCCCGAAGUCACCCAGCCCGUUAUUUUCACAGGAAGAAAGGCAUUCGAUAAACCUCUGAUAACUGGUGACGGUUUACGAAGAGAUGGACGGAAAACAGACGAACUUCGACCGAUGUUUUUGCGUUCAGGGGUAGUCAGUCAAGCCAGAGGCUCAGCAUACAUUGAAAUGCAGAACACCAAAGUCACAUGUGCUGUAUAUGGGCCAAGAGAAUCACAGAGACAGCAAGAGUUUAGUGAAAGGGGAAAGUUGACUUGUGAGUUCAAGUUUGCACCAUUUUCAUGCUGGCAAAGGCGACAACACAUGCAGGAUUCAGAAGAAAAGGAGCUAUCUUCAUUUAUUGUCCAAGCUCUCCAGCCAGCAGUUUGCUUGGAGAAGUUCCCCAAAGCUCAAGUUGACAUCUAUAUUACUGUCUUAGAAAAUGAUGGAAAUGCUCUUUCUGCUGGAAUAAUUUGUGCAUCACUGGCCCUUGGGGAGGCUGGAAUAGAAAUGUAUGACCUUGUUUCCUCCUGUUCUUUGGUGCAGAAAGGUGACACAUCACUGGUGGAUCCCACAUUUCAAGAGACUUCAUCUUCAGAUAUUGAUGGAAGGGUCACCAUAGCCUUUCUUCCUACUAUGAAUGUCAUAUCUGGUUUGUCACAAGAUGGUGAAUUGACACAGGAUCAGUCCAACAAGGCCAUAAAGUGCGGUAUGGAAGGUUGUGCAAGAAUUUUUCCUGUUCUUCAAGAAUCUCUUGUUAGCACUGUAAAGCGAACUGUGAAUUCCAACCGUAAAAAAUAA